GCUACAGACGCAUUACUUGAUUGGGCCAAAUUUUUCAUUUUGUUCUGUGUUUGAAAUCUUUUAUGGCUUAAGGCUUAAGCUUGAUGUCAACCGUCAGCCGGUCAGCCAUGUUAGUUUUAUCCAACAUUGUCAUUGUUCAGAAUCAGAAUGGAUAGGUAACCUAACGUUUUACCUCUAGUGUAGACUACAGUAUCUCGUUGAACAUUUAAAAUAAAAAAAAUUUUUAUUGUUGAUCAGUAUUGAAUAUUUUAUUUAAAAAUAAAUACCAAUAAUAUCUUAUGAAAUAUUUCAACAAGUUAUCCAAGCAUAUCUAUUGCACUAAAAGAAAUAUGUCUUCUUUUAAAUUACUUUUAUGGGAAAAUACAAUGUUUGUCAACUGUGUGAUUCCAACGGGUAAGACCGAACGAAAAUUGGUGGUAACUCUACAAUCACCAUUUAACAAACUAAGAAGAAUAAACUUGUGUCGAAAUCCUGAAGAUACAAUUAAAAUGUUUGUUGACAGACUGGCUUUAAAAUUAACACUAACUCAACGCAAAGUUAGUGAAUCUGAAAAACUUAAGAGCAAUUUUGUCUUAAUAAAAGUGAAUGGAAUCAAAGUACCUCAUACUUCUAAGUGUUAUGAAAUAUUUGAGGAAAUAAAAGAAAAUAUAACGCUUCAAAUUAAAGAUCAUGCAUAUAAAGUAAUAAUUAAUGCACCAAUAAUUAACGAAUUUAAAUUGGGAUAUAAUCCAUAUCAAGGACUUAUGAUAUAUCCUAAUGCUUUUGAUCUGGGAUAUAAUGUAUCUGUCAUUAAAACUCAGUAUACAUGGUACAGAAUUAAAUCAAAAGAUGAAAUAGAAGUGGGCAAUGAAAUGAUCUAUACACCUACUGCUGAGGAUGUUAACUGUCAUCUAAAAUUGGUGUGUAAUCCUUUUAAUGAUGAAGGCCAAUCAGGACCUGCAGCAGAAAUAACAUCUUUGACAGUCUYAGAAAAUACCAYCAAACUCUACCCAUUUGAAAAGAGAUUAAAGACUAAGCCAUGUAAUAGUAUUAGAGUUGUAACAUACAAUUUGCUAGCUGGAGAAUAUACAAGAACUUUGGAAGCAAAAUAUGAAAUGUAUCCGUAUUGCCCAGAAAAAAUUAUAGCAUCCAGUUAUCGGCAUCCUCUUAUUUUAAAAGAGCUUCAAGCCUACAAUGGAGAUAUCAUUUGCAUGCAAGAAGUAGAUAAGCUCUUUUUUCAGAGAGAGUUAUGUCCUAUAUUAAAACAAUUCAAGGGCAUGACUGGAUUAUUUUUAAAAAAAAAUGGCCAUAGGAAUGAAGGUCUGAGCUGUUUUUAUUCAUCUGAUAAAUUUAAUUUAUUAGAACAAUUUAAUAUUAGUUUGAAUGACCAAACUGCAUUGGAAUUAUAUUGCGGACCUAUUAUAAAAGACAUUAUGGAUGAUGAAAAAUGGAAACAAGGAUUAGAAAAAAAAACUGUUUUCCAAGUUCUAGCUUUUGAAUUGAUUUCUGACAAAAAACAAUUAUUCCUAGUAUGCAAUACUCAUUUGAUAUCUGAUCCAGAAGGUGAUUUUAUAAGAUUGUUUCAAGCUUUAAUUCAACUAACUAUUAUUAAUAAAAUAAAACAAAAUAUAAAGAAAGAUUAUUUUGGACGUAAUGUAUCUGUUAUAUUCUGUGGAGAUUUCAACAGUACACCUGAAAGCGGCGUUUAUGAUUUAGUCACCAAAUUAUUAUUUCCAGAAAAACAUAAAACGGUAAAAAUACUAAACGACUUAAAAGAUAAUCUUGAAUUUAAAAUGGAAAGUGCAUAUAAUACAGACAUUUUGUACACUAAUUACACCGCAAGUUUUUUUGGUCUUUUAGAUUACAUAUAUUUUACCGAUCAAUAUCUUGAGCUUAUUCAGGUAUUAUCCAUGCCAUCACAUGAUGAUGUUAUCCAAUAUGGUGGUAUUCCGAGUUUAUUAUUUCCUUCAGAUCAUUUAGCAUUAGUUGCGGACCUUAAAAUAAAAUAAUAUAUAUUAUGUAUAUUUUGUAUUUUUAUAUUUUAAAUAUUACCGUUUUUAAGUUUGUCUAGUAUUUAUUAUAGUGUUACAAUACCCAUGUAAUUUUAGUAAAUAUUAGAAAUCCAAUCUGUUCCUAUUUUUACACCAUAUUCAUAUUGUUUGUGUAUAAAGAUAUGGUUUGGAUUUAUAUAUUAAAAAAAAAAAUUCUAAUUUGUAACACUUGCUCAUUUCUCCAUUUACUAUUUUAUUAACUAUUCGCAUCUGUAUUAUUUGACUCUAUUCAUAAUUAGAGCCUUAGAAAAAUGAUAGAACAAUGUUGUAGAAAUAAAUCAUGCAUAUUGUGUUAUGUAUACUUCAGUUUUAAUAAAAUUAAUUUUUAUAUUUAAUUUGGAACCGUAAUGUAUUUAUUCUGAAUACAGUAUGUACAAUUAGACAAUUAUUUAGUUUAGCAUUAGUAUUUACGUGGCAAAGAGUUUUUUUUUUAUAUAUUCUUAUUUUAUUAAUUAAAAUAUGAAUGUGAAAAAAUGAGUUAUUUAAGAAAAUGGCAGUACAWUAUUUGUUUCCUUCUAGUCCCAACCACAUCAUGGAUAAAAUGUGUUCAUAUAUAGAUUUUAUUUUAUAAUUUUUGAAUGAUCUUAAAUUUUGAAAUCAUCUAUUGCAACAAUUAUAAAGGAGAAUAUUUUUGAGGUUUGACACAGUAUUAUUAUU